AUGUGUUACCUCGUCGUCGAGCGGUUCUCGGUCUGCCAUUGCGUGUACUACAGGCAUAGUGUCGAUAUGUGCGCGGCAUAUGGCACACAAGGACACCCAGUUCAAGAGAGGACCGUCUGGGUCGGAUACGCCUGCGACAAGCACUCUACACAU